GCACCUUCCAAACAGUCCGUGCCUCAUGCAGCCCCGGCGCCUCCAGCAGUACCUCCGGCUCCGGAGCCUCCAGCACCUUCGGAGCGCUCCUCACUCACCAAAACUUACACAGCACACCAGCGCCCCCUUGAACAGUACUUGGCGAUGACUAAGAAGAUGAAGAAUGCGGCCAAAAAGCGUGCUGAGGGCCGGGCCAAAGUCCCGCAUAGAUACAGGGACAGCAUCAAGCGCUUUUUCUUCUCGCCAACUGGAAUGUUGAAGAUUCUUAGGCUGGGUAUUAUCAUAGGAGCAUUAGCCUGUUUCAUCCAUGUCCAAGCCCAUGAGUCGUUCAUAGCAAUCACAGUUCUGGAAACCUGCAUCGUCAUUUUUUUUAUUCUAACAUAUAUGAUAGCCCUGCACCACUUGCUGACUUGUUUACAUUGGCCCUUACUUGAUCUUAUCAACAGUAUCAUUACAGCUGUGUUCCUUUUCAUAGUUGCCAUCUUGGCGAUGCAAGAAAAGAACAGAAGGAAGUUGUUUUAUACUGGAGGGUGCCUGUGUCUCGCAGCGGCAAUCGUGUGUCUCUUCGAUGCGUUUGUGGUCACCAAGAGGAUGAGGACAGCUGUGAAAUCAUUCCUGCAAAUCAAAGUGGACCGGAAGGGGAGCUUGGCGCGGAACUGGCACCCGCAUGGUGGGCGCGGAGGGGGGACCCGACGGGAGCCUCCGCGUGGACGGUGGUGGGCCUGGCGGAUUAUGGGUUAA